AUGGGUGCCGCCGCCCUUGAAAGAGCCUCUUGGGGCGCCACCAUCCCUGGGAGGCCAUCUAGGGACACCGCGUUCUCUAGAAGGGUUUCUGGGGGCGUCCGCGCCCCUGGGAAGGUCCCUGAGGCGCCGGCGCCACUGGCAGGGUCCUUGGAGGCGCCACCGCCCCUAGGAGGGGUCCUUGAUGUGUCAGUGGGGGAGUCGCCGCCAUUGGGAGGGUUACUGGUGCCGCCGCCGUCCCUGGGGUCGCUACCAUCCCUGGGAACGUUCGUUGGGACGCCGCCGUCCCUGGGAGGGACUCAGGGGGCACCAUCGCGCCUGGGAGCGCCGCCGUCUUCGGGAGGGUUUCUGGGGGCGUCGCCGCCCCUGAGAUCAACUGGCCUCACUCUAAG